AUUAAGAACACUUUAAGAAUAUACGCCAUUUUUCUUUCUGACACAGAAUUCAAGCUCAGAUUGUGAGUCGGAUAUUGACUAUCAAAUAUCAACAUCUUAUUACAUGGCACAUUGGACAAUAUCAAAUGCAUAUAAACAUAUGUAUCCUGAUAUUAAAUGGACGUUACAAAUGAGACAGAAAAACAAAGAGGACAUAUGGCACAAUGUAGGUAAUAAGAAUUUUCUAUCAAAUUCCGGUCGAAUCUUCCAACCAGUACCAUUAAAUUAUUGUAAAACAUAUAGAAGUAGUGUGAGAUUCUGUUCGGGUGAAGUUUGUUUUCAACCUAUAGUCAGUAAUGGUGUAACAGUGUUGAGCGAACCUGAUAUGCCACAUAUAGAUAUACUUCACAAAACGAUGCAAGGUUCCCAGUUAGAUGUAAGCUUGACUUACAAGAGUAAUACCGAAGAUAAAGUGUGUUCUGUGGAGUCUACCAUAGAUCAAUAUAUGUGGAGUAUAACAGAUAAUAAACACAAUAGUCAUUUAUUUACUAAAUGGAGCAAAGUAAACAAUGUACAGAGAAUCAGUGAGACAACGUUUCAGUUUAGCAUUAAUUUAGAUGGUGAAGUUGAUUUUAGUGAAUGUAGAAGAUUGGCUGUAAGAAUAUUUAAUAAAGCUGGUUUAUCAACAAUAAUAUCGUCGGAUAUUAAAAACUGUUCAGCUGUAGAUCCAGUAUUAAUUAUACCGGCUAUCGUUAUAGAUGCUAUAGGACAGCCACUAAAUAACGAUCCUAACACAAAUGAACUAGGAACGUCAAUUUCUCUGGAUCAGAACGCAGUCUGGUCUAAACCAGAUGUGGACUAUACACCUUAUAAAAAUAUUAUAUCGGCUGUGUGGCCCACAUUAAGACAUAGAAACUAUACUUGGGGUUUACUGGAAGAUCAAGCCUUAUCUAUUGUAACACAUUUUACUCGACCGAAGAUGACGAUAAGAGAUCCUUGUUCACAUCCAGAUGUUAUACAGUGUGGACAAACCGAAAAGGAAUACAUCAAUGUAUUAAAUCCAAAUAUUUUAAAACAUGGAAGACGGUAUUAUAUCUGUAUCCGUGCUGAUGCUGCUGUCGCUGGUUAUGAAAAAUGGACGGAAGAUUUGGAAGAAGUAAACGCUUGUAGUGAUGGAGUAACUGUUGAUUUGACUCCACCAAAUGGUGGUCGGGUUUGGGUGGAGAACUUGAAAGAUUUUAAAUAUCAAGUAAUAUUUCUAUAUAAAUAUUGUCGAAUCCCGUUGUCGCGAUCCCAGUAUACUCGAACACAUAUAAGAUUUGAUAUGUCAUUCAUUCCUUGUAAUUCCCUGUUAGCCCGAUUAAUAGUGUUUCGCAAUUGA